AUGACAGCGUCGGAUGAUAUAAAGGCUCCAAUUCCGCUGAAGAAUAAGACUUUGUCUCAAUUGAAGGGACUUGAAAUGAAAAACUGGAGAUGCAACUCUAGUUCGGGCGAUGACUCGUCAAAGAGACAACGGCUGCUAUCACCGGAGCAGGGACUCGCCGCCAAAGCCAGAGCGAAGUCUGCGACUCCAAGGCCAGGUUCUCCACGAUUACUUAAUGGGAUGGAGUCGGAAGACAUUUUGCAACAAAGACUGAAGCACUACGGACUUGAUUUUGUCGAUGAUCGGGCGGAGCAUUUGCAGAACAUAUAUGACCCAAACUCCAAAUGGUUUAGCAGAGCGGUGAAACCGCCGUUUGCCGUCGAAGAGUGUCUGCCGUAUAAGACUGAGACGCAUAAGGACCAAGCCAGGUAUCUUUGCCAUGUGCUUGUGAACCUAUACAUCGCCAUCGGCUCUAUGGAUAUACAGGGACUGAUAAACAUUUCAAGUAAAGACUUGGCAGAGCUCAGAAGCGAGAUAGAUACUUUGGCGUUGAGUACGGAUCUCUUUCGCUUAUCAAGUGAUAUUGUCGACUCGGAGGCAGCCAACAAUGAUAUCACCGAUUUCGAUGAGGGUGAGGAUGAGGACGAUCUUUAUGAUGAAAACGAGUUCAUUGAUGUGGUUGGUCCGGAUUUCAAUGCGACUGGUAAGAUUACUGCAAAAUCUGCCUCUAUUAUCAACGUAAAUCAUUGGACUAACGAAUUCAAGAACUGCAUGCAUUUUGAGUUCCCCAUUACGUUGAGGAAAUCUCUGGCGAAAGUUUAUUAUUAUCUCUCCUUGGUUCAGGGUCAAAAGGUUUACAGGCAGAUGCAUGUCGAUAUGUUUACUUCUUUGGUUUGUCCGAAUGACGAUGAAACAAACUUCACCGACUUGCUGCUCGAUGCUGGACUCGUACUGGAUCACAAAGUAAUGUUGGAGUUUUUGAUCGAGUUUCUGCCCUAUCCCGACCCCGAUUAUGUUCGUUACGAUGUAUCUUUGAAAGAGGAUCUGCAGCUUUUAAGGCUGCUGCUGAAAUUGGCGCAUAGCGCUAAGCCAUUUUACGAUGAAAGCGACAGUAGUAUUCUAAGAAGCACCAUGAAGCUGCUGCUCUCUAGUCUCGCUCCAUCUUCAAUGUCGACUGUAAUGCCCAUAAUUACAUCUUUCGUUCCAUACCAUUACAGCGAGGAGGUUAGGAUAACCGACUACUUCCCGUUUUGUUUUGGGCUUUGGAGCUCGCUAAAUCCAUCCGUAGGUAUUGAUACCCACAUGUACGAUUUUAUCGGCACAGUGGUUGAGGACGCUCACUGGAGGAUUUUGAAGGGUUCUCUCACGUUGGAAGAAACCGCUAAUUCAAAUGAUCACUACUUGGUUUUCACGGAAGAACAAAUGUCGUUUAUUUUCAAUAGGUUGCAGAAUCACUUACGAGCAGAUGGCCAGAUACACUCCUAUUCUCGGACGGUAAGACCUUUCAUCUAUGCUCUAAAUGGUUGCAAAACAGAACGCUAUUUCGAGAAGCUAACAGCUUUGGCUAAAUCAAUUGAGACAUUUGUACAUCCUUCCAACAGCGGAUUCUGGACAAAAUCAAUAUCGAAGUUUGUGCAUGCAUUUAUCAAAAUGUACCAUACCAGAAGUAAGAAGGAGCAAAAGAACGGUACUUCUCAAGAUAUAACACUUAAUGCUCAUUGUAACUCCAAGAUGGUCGAAAUAUUUCUGAACCUACUUGUAGUUGGUGCUCAAAACAAAAACAACGACGUGGCCAACCAUUAUAUUUCCUGCCUCGCAUAUUUACUGGAUUUAUCACCACGUAACUCCGACCUUAUAUUUCAGAGAGUGUUAGCUGAUCUUUACGACGCUCUGGCAGGUGAGUAUGUCAAUUCAUCGCAUAGGUUAAUUGCGGCAUUGAAACAGUUCAACCGAGUGGUGAGAUACAUGGUAGAAGAUAGUGUUUACAGAGUGCAUGUCACCAAUGUAUUACUUAUGAUUGUGUCAAAAAUCGACAUGAAUGAUAUUCAACUCACAAGCAACAUCAUCAAUGGCAUUGUUUCAAUUUCUUCCUUCAUCCCGCUACAGAAUUUUGUGCAAGACGAUGAGUAUUUGUCAUUUGCUUCACAUACUCUUCCUUUCAUUGAGCAACACUAUUAUCAUUUUAAAUCAAGUGAUAUCACUGAAAACUUUACGUUCAAAGAGGAGACUUUAAAAAUAGCAUUCAAAGCAUCAACCAGCAUCUUUGAAGACGUGCUUCGAAUUUACAUCGACAAGUUAUUUCAACUUACCGAUGUUGAUCUAGAGGAUGGGUUUGUGACCAAAUUGAAUCAGACAACAAUGGUUAUGCUGGAGUCGAUGGAUGCAAAAAUGUUCAAGAUUUUCGCUGAGAUGUUUCAAAGGAAGUUUUGGGAUAACGAUUGUUUUAAGGAAAAGAAUCCCAAAUAUGAGCUCGUAACUAUCCCUCUUUCAGCUCUGGUUCGGAGAGACAGAAGCUUAAGUCCUCUUUUAUUUGAUCUCCUGGUUUACAACAUUCGAGAUCAGAUUGCAAGAGGAGCCGGCUCAGUCCGAGGGUCCACGGAGAUUCAACAGAGAGACAUUAGACUUGUCCUCUAUUUGACUGCAUUGAAUGAAGUCAUAAGACAGUCUCAUGACUGCAUUCUAAACUACAGUGAAAAAUUGAUGGAGUCUAUGAUUUACAUAUAUGAGAAUAUUACGAAUCCACCGCUGGAUGUCAUAACUUCGAUAAUAAUCCACAGCACUUGCGCUACUCUCACGAGCACGGAGGUCGUCGAUUAUCGCCUUUUCCCUGAGGGAUCAAGUAUUCCAUUGUCGGAGAGGUGGGGAGGUCUGCAAUUUGAUAAUCGCAAAUUUCUCAAGGAAAACAUUGAAUUUGAGUGGCAUGUACCUUCCGAUGAAGAGGUUACACUGGCAAUUCGGAUUUUAGAUCAGUUGACUAAUCAUUGCAUCUCACGGCUCGAUGAACUGAUGUCGCAACCAGCGGUCAAUUCAGGAUUUGUCGAUAGUAUGCAGAAGUAUGUGCUGAUAAUUACCCACGCCCUUUCAGGUUCAAGCCUUCUUUUUGAUCCUGAUUUCAAUAAGAACAAGCCACAUACCGCCGACUCCCAGACAUAUAGGGAGAAGCUACUACUGUUGAAGAGCGUUCGUGAUUGCAAUUGUGACAUGCAGGAGGUUGACAUUGAUAUUGAGCAAAUCAGGUCUACUAAAGGCGAUGGCGACUACGUCGAUGACAAAACCGGCAGCACUGACUCAUACGAUGAUGAAACGGAUGCCAUCAAGAUGAAAGAGAUCUUGUCUCAGGACAUGAUUAUGGACUUAGAAACCGAUAUUUCAGAAGCACCAUCAGGGAUAGCUACGCCUGAACCAGGUCGUCAUUUUGAACCGGGUAUCAACUCCUCCAUGAGCUCUCGCUUAGUGUUCAGAGAUCUCGAUAUAUAUACCUGCAACUAUCACUUUGGGAUCACCGCUGCUGAAAAGCUUCUCAAUCCACAAUAUCUGCAGGUUCAUAAGUUGAGGGCAAAAAUAGGACGCUUCUUUCACAAGUUGUACACUUUUCUUUCAACAAAAUACGAGAAUAAUACAAGCAUUUUUCAGAUUUUAUUACAUGGAAUGAAGGUAUGGUUCACUGACGUGGGACAAGAAACUAUCUUCAAUGAAGAUUCUAGCGCAUUCCUCGACCUGGAUUUCCUUGAGAACAUUCAGGCUCUCACAGACUUGACUGAACCUUUUACAAGGACGUGUUUGGCGCUUAGAGCUAAUGAAUUUCAUCAGGCAAGAGUCUUACUCCGUUCGACCAACCGUUACCCAUCAAGCCUAGAAACAGAGCUGAUGAAGGACAUCAUUGAUCUCUCAACGUCGGUUUACCCAGACAUUUAUAAACCUGCUCAGGGGGCCUUGGUGCACUGCAUGAAGCAAUUCAUAGGGUCAUACACAAUAAUAAUCAAAAAAGUCCUAGCCCGCAUGGGAAAAGCCCUUGACACACAGGAUUACAUGAAGCUAGAGGUAAUACUAAAGGUUUUAAUGAUUAAAAAGAUAAAUCGAAAACUGGUCUCCGACUAUAACAAUUUGGGUCAACUUGUUCAUUUACUAGUUAAGUGUUGUAAGGUGAAUGAGUUUCAGAUUGCUAUGCACGCCGAUAAAAUCAUGAAUGACAUCGUCAACGGUCUCAAAAUACCUUCCAGCGUUUGCAUCCUCGAUGAAAGAGCCAUCCAGGAGCUGGCACCACCAGAUCGUUCCAUAGACUUGCAAGUGAAGGCCGUAAAGCUUGCAAAAGAUAAAAAGCGCGAGCAUUAUUAUUCGCUUCUGGUGGAUCUUCAGAAUGAUCUGAUCGAAGUGUUGAACACAGAGAAGAACAUCGGCUGGAAAUUGCCUAUAUUCAUAAUGCGUUUUGUCACCAAAAUUCAAUCUAGUUUGGAAACAAAGGUCAACGAAGGGGCGAUCAAAGCGAUUUUUAAGCAAACUGAAACCAAUCACCCCGAUGUUAUUCAUCUUGCAGUUAAAUCCUUCUUGGGAAUAUUUGACAAACUUUUUUCCCUGGCGAAUUAUAACUAUGACAUCGCGAAUGCCUACAAAAGCUCUUUUGAUCCUAAUUUCAUUCUAGAAUGGGACACAUCCAGGUCAGAUUUUGUCGCCCAGUUCGAGAAAGAAAAGGAUAAUUUCGACAAUCCUCGUUUCUUCAUAGACUCUAAAAUGUUUGUCGGAUGGAUGUGCUGGGGAGCGCCUUUGAAAACUGUGAGUCCAAGAAUUAUUAAGCUUGAACUGAAGAAAAAUGAGCGGCAAGUUCUUGCCUGUUUUGGUCACAUCGUCACGAAGAAAUGGUUAGAAGCAACCACGUCUAACUUGAUACAGGACAAUGAAUCCCAUGGUGUGUUCAGCAGUGGUAAUGUCUCCUUUUUUGUUUUGGUUAUUUAUCUGAUCUCAAACGGUUUCAUGGAUUGUACUUUGAGCGACAUAAUUCAGCUAUGCCGUGAGAGCUACAACAGAUAUGACAAAGCAUCAAUGAUUAUGUCGGUUGAAAUAUUUGCUGCUUUGAUCUGUGGCAGCAAGUACAUGAAUUCAAAGGACCUUCUAGACAGGGACAACUUCGUCGAGAAAUUUCUUUCCGACUGCUUAGAUCAUGAUUUGAAUCAAGAUGCAUUUGGAAUCUGGACAACGCUUUGUUGGUGGCUACCGACAGUUGUUGACGUCAGAAGAUGUAAAACUUUCUACAAUCAUUUCGCCAAGAUUGAUCGACUACUGAACAUAAACUCUGAUGAUCCAGGCCAUCAAGCUUCUAAGCUAUUAAUGUUGCGAAACAUAAUCAUGAGCAUGGAGUAUAGAACACCCGCUAUGAUGGAAAUACUUGACUCACUUGUGAUGGACCAUCGAUAUGAUCAAGUGAGAGAAGCAGUCGCAAAGUUAUUUGCCUCGGUUAUACAAAAUCAGAGCUGCCCGUCCUGGGCCUCUGUUGAUGAGCUAAUGACAAGGGAAAACGAGAAUGCAAACGGACUUGGCAUACCAAUCAAACGAAUGCCUGAAGCUACCGAUCGGUUCAUUAAGCAACAAUUUGAAAAAAUCGCCAAAGAGAGCCUGAAGAUUGCUGACUUGACGCCUCAAGAGACAUUGAAAACGAGAUAUUUCUAUCUGACUUCCACAAUGGUUUACUGGAUCAAGGAAAUGGCACGGGGUCCGAACAAGAUUCUCUUGAUUCCUUAUAUCGCUGACUACAUUGCGCCUUUUUUAAUGCAAAUUCUCAAACACAAAGACGUCUGCAAGCUCGCAGGUUUGGAUCCUUCAAUGCUGUACGUUGGGCUAUCAUAUCUACCCAUCAGGAAAGAGAAUAUCAAAAGACUAGUAGAGUUACUAUGCGACUCGAGGAACAUGACCUCCUCUUUCCAAAUAAAGCUUCAAUUGCAGUUCAUUCAACACUUCUUCUCAUCGCAGUUGUUACAGCUAACCAACGAGGAAAGAGAUGCUAUCCUCAAAUUUGUAGUCAGCUACCUGUAUCAUGAGAGGUUUGUGGAAGUAAGGAAGAAAGCAAGCGAGGUUUUAUCUGACAUUGUGCACAACCUGGGAGAUUCGAACGACACACUCGGUGACCUGGUUAAGCUCUUUGACGCAGACCUAGGUCAGUACUCGUGGGAGGAAAAGAAGAGAUUCUCGAAAACAGAUGUGAAGGUACAUGGCGGCAUCCUCGGUUUGGGUGCCAUCAUUUCAGCGUUCCCAUAUGUGUUUCCGCUUCCCAAAUGGAUCCCGAGACAACUCAGUGAGCUGUCUUCGUGGGCCAGAACGAAUGGCACCGCAGGAGCCGCUGCCAAGAAUGUCAUUAGCGAGUUCAAGAAAGUUAGAACAGACACAUGGAAGUUCGACCGUCUCUCCUUCAGCACGGAGGAAUUAGAGGACCUGGAAGGCGUUCUGUGGAGCAGCUACUACGCUUAG